GGAGGCUGUCUGGGUGAGAGGACGACACCUGCUGGUAGAAACCAGCUCCUCCUCCAUGUUAAACACACGAUCUGCUUCUGAAUCCAGUCUAGUCUGUGAUCGGAGAGGAGGGACGGGCAGACCUGCAGCAGACUGAUCCACCACAGCCACAACCACACCGGUACGCACUGCUCUGCUGAGUGUUCACACCUGAACCGGACCACCGCACGGACACGGAGACCAGGAGGGUCCGCUGGGGUGAGCCUGCUCCUCCGCCUCCUCCUCCUCCUCCUCCUCCUCCUCACAAUGCGCUGAUCUGGUCUCAGUGUGUGUGAGGAUGAUGUCUGUGGUCUCCACAGUGGAGAGCCUCCCCAGAGGGACCGGCACCCCGGAGCCCAGCCUCAUCCAGCGGAUCAGGAGGCUCCUAACCAGGGACCUGUUGGUGACCCUGGCCCUGGGUCAGGUCCUGUCCUUGUUAAUCUGUGCCAUCAGUCUGAUCAGCAAGUACCUGGCUGAUGACUUCCACGCCAACACGCCGGUGUUCCAGAGCUUCCUCAACUACAUCCUGCUGUUUCUGGUCUACACCACCACGCUGGCAGUCAGGCAAGGGGAUGGGAACCUGCUGGCCAUUCUGAAGCAGCGCUGGUGGAAAUACAUGAUUCUGGGUUUGAUAGACAUCGAGGCCAACUAUCUGGUGCUUAAAGCUUACCAGUACACUACGCUCUCCAGUGUACAGCUGUUGGACUGUUUUGCCAUCCCGGUGGUCCUGCUGCUGUCCUGGUUCUUUCUUUUGGUGAGGUACAAGGCCGUCCACUUUGUCGGGGCGGGACUGUGUCUGCUGGGUGUCGGCUGCAUGGUGGGAGCUGACGUCCUGCUCGGCCGGCAGCAAGGCCUCGGAGAGCAGAAGCUGUUUGGGGACCUUUUGGUUCUGGGAGGAGCGACGCUGUACGGGAUCUCCAACGUCUGUGAGGAGUUCAUCGUGAAGAACCUGAGCCGCGUGGAGUUCCUUGGCAUGAUGGGACUCUUCGGAUCCUUCUUCAGCGGCAUCCAGCUGGCCAUCAUGGAACACAAGGAGCUGCUGAGGGUCCCCUGGGACUGGCAGAUAGGUCUGUUGUACGUUGGUUUCAGUGCCUUCAUGUUCGGCCUGUACAGCUUCAUGCCGGUGGUGCUGAAGAGAACGAGCGCCACCGCGGUCAAUCUCUCUCUGCUCACAGCCGACCUGUACAGCUUCUUCUGUGGCCUCUUCCUCUUCCACUACAAGUUCUCGGGCCUCUAUCUGUUGUCUUUCUUCAUCAUUAUCUUGGGCCUGGUCCUUUACUUCACCUCGUCUACCUACGUGGCCCAGGACCCGCGAGUCUACAAGCAGUUCAGGAACACAGGCGGCCAGUCGGCCAGCGACCAGCCUCCACUCGGUACCGGAGUCAUGGAGCCCUCCGUCACCUACACCAGCCUGGGCCCCGAGGCGGGGGACGAGCUUCCUGUACGCGUCGCCUAAGAUCUAAAGGAGGGAGUUUAACGUGUCAGGCAGGUGGAUCAGUGAGUCAGCCGCCGCCCCCGCCUCCAGGUUCUGCCCACCCCCCUUGUAUACAAAGAAAUAGUGCUGGCUGUAACCCGGUCUGCUGAGCAGGGCAGCUGGGGGAUCGCCCAGGUAGGUCCAGGUUUUCAUUUUUAUGGCCUGUACUGGGGGACGGAGACUCCACCUGCACAGUGACCAAAUUCAUGUACUGUAUCUGGAAAAUGAAUGAGCAGAAUGUCAUUAAAACAAAUAGCAGAGUGAGUGAAACUGUUGAGUUCACUGUGAUCAGAGACUGUGAGUAGACAGUAGUGACUCAUUGUUCAUGUAAAUAGAUGGUAUUGUAAUUCGACUGUAUUUAAUCUGCUUUCUUUUUAUAUCCGUCAAGAAGGUCUGUGCUUAACACCUGUGUAUAUGUUAAAGUUGUAUUCAUUUCAUUUCUUAUUAUCUGAUUGGAAUCUACAGUGUUUCUAAAUCCACCUGCUCAAAUAUCAAUGAGCUUAGUAGGUGAUACACAGACUGGAAGCAGUGGGACAAGUUCAUCGAGUUCAUUUACCGACUUUGUGUCACACAAAGCUACGCUGGUAUGUAAAUACUACAUCAGCUACUGGAGGUUUGUCCUUUGUAUUUUUUCACAUGAUGGAUAUUUUAUAGGCUGGUACAAAUAUAGUUUUCCAGUAUUCUGUAUUUACCCUCCAGAAUGUCAUUCUGACAGCGUGAAGAAGACUUUCAAACAAGCAUUUAGACCUUCGUCUUGAGAAAUAGAAUUUACGGAAAAUAAAUGAAUGAACUGAUAAAAAAAUCUAAAUAAUGAAAAAAUUAGAGACUUUACUUUUGGGAGUCUGGUCAGGUGGUGGGGUGAGGUCUUAAUAAUAAUAAGGUAAUUAUUAUUUUGUACCCAUGCCUGACAAUAGAAGAUUUGGCUAUAAUGAAAUGCAGUCAGUGAUCAGGAAGUUUAUUAUGUUGCUGUGUGUUUUAAAGGUCCAGUGUGUAGCAUUCAGGGGGAUCUAUUGGCAGAAAUGGAAUAAAAUACUAGGGCUGUUUAAGUUAACGUGGUAAUAACGCGUUAAUGCAAAUUUGUUUU